CCACACCAAUAUCCAAAACCAAAACACAUCAUCAAGCAAGCUUCCUCAGCUUCUUCUCUCUCAGCCCUCUUGAAAAAAAAAUUAUUUUUUUUUUCUUGAAAGAUCAAAGUUUUUCAGAGAAAAGAUGGAAUCUUUCCUUGUUAAGCUCAUUUUGUUCCUGUCUCUGUUCCAAAUCUCUGUCUCUGGUCGCAGACUGGAAGAGGCGGAGCAGUUCCAGUUUCUGAAAUACCACAAAGGCUCUCUUCUCUCCGGCAAGAUCUCCGUUAACCUCAUAUGGUACGGAAAGUUCAAGCCUUCUCAGAAAGCCAUCGUCUCCGAUUUCAUCACUUCCCUCUCGCAUUCUCCCGCCAAAACUGGCCAACCAUCUGUCGCCACGUGGUGGAAGACAACCGAGAGCUACUACAGACUCGCCGGCGGCAGGAAGAACCCGUUUCCGUCGUUGUCUCUGUCACUGGGAAGACAGAUCCUCGACGAGAGCUGCUCUCUGGGGAAGUCGCUGUCCGAGAAACAGAUCCUCGAGCUCGCCUACAGAGGCGACCAACACAAUGCGGUCAAUGUCGUUUUGACCUCCGCUGACGUGGCGGUCCAAGGCUUCUGUAUGAGCAAAUGCGGGUCCCACGGAUCGGCUUUGGGUCGACCCGUGAAAGGCAGACGGAGCUCCAAGUUCGCGUACAUCUGGGUCGGUAACUCGGAGACUCAGUGCCCGGGUCAGUGCGCGUGGCCGUUCCACGCUCCGGUGUACGGUCCCCAGAACCCGCCGUUGGUUGCGCCGAACAACGACGUAGGCCUCGACGGGGUGGUGAUCAAUCUGGCCAGCCUUUUGGCGGGAACCGCCACGAACCCGUUCGGAGAUGGGUACUUUCAGGGCCCCAAAACGGCACCGCUUGAGGCGGCGUCUGCUUGUCCGGGAGUGUACGGAAAAGGGGCCUACCCUGGUUACGCCGGUAACUUGCUGGUGGAUUCAGAAACGGGAGGCAGUUUCAAUGCUCACGGUGCAAACGGCAGGAAGUUCCUGCUCCCAGCGCUGUAUGACCCAACGACGUCCGGUUGUUCUACUCUGGUCUAAGAUGGAGAAAUAGGCAAAUAAAUUUAAAAAAAAAAACCUUAAUGUAACAGUCUACGGUAGAAAUAAUCAGUGUAAUGUGUAAUUCUUUGAUUCGUUAAUAAUAUUUUCAUUUUUAAAAUC